AUGAGGUUGAGCGACGACACGCGAUCACGUGAACCCAACCUCAAACGACUCUGCCUAAUGUUUGACGCAUCUGGUGUAGGAAAUUCACCAUAUAAGUCCACACCCAGAACUUCACUCCUGCUAAAUCCCUUUACUCAACCUGUCUCUAUUGCCAUGUCUACACCUUCCUACACUCGCCCUACAGCCUCGUCUGUAACAAGAGCAAGUCCAAGAGCCCAGAAGCCAGCAGUUAUGAAGGAAUUGAAAAGACCGUCUUCCAUUUCCGACAGUGAACGCGAAUUAAUCCAACUGCUCCGCCGUGCCGAAGCAUUCACCAUCAAGCCCGCGGACCCCUCCAAACCAUGUCUCGCCGAUCUCCCGUCAGAGAUCCGAAUAAUAAUAUACCGCUAUAUCCUCGAUCCUUAUUACCCUUCUAUUUCUUGCGCCCCAAAACUCCUCCGCGUAUCUCGCGCGAUUCGCCACGAAGCAGCCUAUGAAUGGUACAGCCGAGCUGCCUUUACUUUUCACACCCACGCCCUCGAAUUCAAGGGCAUCAAACAAUCGAUUGAAAGAUUACCCAUUGCGCACCGGCUUUUUCUAACUAGGAACCGCAACAUCCUGCUUGAAAUCGAGAUCGGAGCUGUUCUUGAGGAGCUCUGGUCUUGGGAUCCACGCUCUAUGCUAGAUGCGUGGAAUGAGUGCCGUCAAUUCGGAAACCCUUAUGAAGUGAAAGGAUCACAGCACAAAGACCACUUCAUGAGUUUCUGCCGACUGGCUGGCUGGUUCCAAUGGUGUGGCAAACCAGCGCAUUACGGAAUUCGCUGGCAGUAUAAAAUGGACGUCAGUAAUAGGGAAUCGGAGUUGUGGUGGGGGUCAGCAUGGCCUUCGGUCGGGUAUCGACUUGAGAAGUUCUUGAAGGGUUCGCUUGGUGUCUUCCCUUUACCCUGCGUUCAGCAGGCCACCAGUCUUGACGCCGGACAGAAGGCUGUGAUGAAGAAGGAGGCACUGAAUAUGUUGGAGAGUCUUGACAAAGAUUUCAAGCAGGGUGGCGUACUUGAAAUGGUACUUGGGCAAGUGGUGAGUGUUGGAUGUCUAUCCUGGGGGAUGGGACUGCACAAGAUUGCAACGGAUACCUAGAGCCCGCUGGCUUUCCCCUUUUUUUUUUUCAAAGCAUUUUUAUAACAAC